AAGUAGCGACUCGCCACAGACACACAUGUCCAAAACCAAAACCCCAAGAAAUUUCGAAAAGAAAAUGACACCUUUUGUUAGUUCUUGAAGGUGAAUGCUUGUUUUAAUUCAUACCCAUUUUCCAAAAUCGUAACUUUGAGUUCUCUGCUACGUUUGCUCCUUCGGUUGAUCUCUUUUUUCAGCUAUCUGCAGCUACCGUGAGCUAAAGCACGAUAAGGAUCCAGAUUGAGUUGAAUGCUUUAGCAACAAGGAUUUCUCAUCGGGAUAAUUCUAGUAGAAAAUGAACUCUGUUUGGACAAAAGUUGGCAUCCCUUUAUUUGAACUAACUGGAAAUGAAUGCCAAUAUGCAUUUGUUAUUGCCAAAAGUUUGAGCUUGCAAGGUCCCGAACUUGAACACAUAGUAGGUACAUGAAGCAGUAAAUAUGCGAAAGUAUUUUCCAGAUCCUCUGACAUUCACAGGGCAAUAACUGUAAGGAAACUUGGAGGUACUUAUAGUCUUUACAAGGAAGCAGUUUUUAGUGUAUUUAUUGUAUAAUUAUUGUGGGGAAUGGUCGUUCCCUUCGGAUGUGAUGGAGGUCUGCAUUGAAAGUUCCCAUUCCAAUGGGAAACAAAUCUUGAAGCAUUCUAAAUCUGCAGAUGAAGCAAAAAGAUCCGGUGAUAAGGCCAGCUUAAGUUCUCAUUCCAAUGGGAAGCAAUCUUCCACUUUCAUUAAUCAUGCUGCAAUUGCUUGGCAUGAGAAUAGAAGGAAGUGGAUCGGUGAUAAGUCUCAAAAUCAACCAAGAAUAGCUAAGGAACCUGUUAUUAGUUGGUCGACAUCGUACGAAGAGCUGCUUUCCACUAACGAACCUUUUUCAGAGCCGAUACCCUUACCGGAAAUGGUAGAUUUCUUGGUUGAUGUUUGGCUUGAUGAGGAAGGCUUCUUUGACUAGAUUGUUGGCAACUUCUUAGAUACAUGAAUGAUUGGCAACUCAGAAAAAAGAAACUGUGUAAAGCCUUUCUAACCUGUGUUCUCACUUCACUUACUGAUCAAUGAUCAUGAUAUGUUUUAGAGAGGGAAGGAGCUAGUUCUUGAGGAUCCUUAUAGUUUCACUCUUGAGGGUUGAUGGGUUAUUAUUAUUUUCCCCAAUUGAUCUAAUACCAUUCCAUUGUUUGAUGAUGGGAAAUGAGUAAAUAUAUAUUCACAUAAUGUAUCUAUUCAGUUUAUUUGUGUCUGAUGAGCCAUCAGCUAACAUACAAAACAUGUUCAUGAUGAUAUUAAAUCCAUUUUGUAAUCAAUACUUCUUAAACA